GGACCACCUGAUAUCGAUUGGAUAACAAAAUAUAAACAAAACAAAAAAUAUAUGUUUCACUUAAUACAAUAUUUUGAUUACCUCUGAGGAACUGUAGGAGCUACUUUUCGUGUAUUUAGAAUCAGCGGAAUCUUGUGGUCACCUUGAUACUAUGAUUCUGCUUUUUAUUAACAACUCGGACGUGUGGGAUUUUAAAGGCCUGUCCGCCUCUGAGCCUGAGCCUGUCAACAAAUAUUAAAACUCAGACAAAAUUCUAAAAAUUACUUGAAUUACUUUCGGAAUUCCAGGAAACCAGUCCCGCUUGCCAUGCAAUGUUUUAAACUGGCCAGCAGGCGCAGCUUAUACAAUGCACGGGUGCUGCAGGCGGACAACAUCGGCGACCAGCAACGCAGUCCGGAUGUGGAGGCGGCACGCCAAAAUGCACAGAUAGUGGUCGUCGGUGCAGGACUCGCAGGUCUCUCGGCUGCCCAGCACCUCUUGUCGCACGGGUUCCGACGCACCGUGAUCCUGGAGGCUACGGAUCGUUAUGGCGGCAGGAUUAAUACGCAGCGCUUUGGUGACACCUUCUGUGAACUGGGCGCCAAGUGGGUAAAGAUCGAUGGAUCGCAGGACUCGAUGUACGAACUGCUACGCAACACGGAAGGCUUGGGCAGGCAGAUAAAACAGCCGGAUCGGGCCACCUAUCUCCAGGAUGGAAGCCACAUUAAUCCAGCCAUGGUCGAGCUUAUCGACACCCUAUUCCGUCAGCUUUGCCGAGACUUUAAGGUAUCCGAUCGAGUGAAAACGGGUGGUGACCUGCACUCCCUGGACAAUGUAAUGAACUACUUUAGAACAGAAAGCGAUCGCAUCAUUGGCGCCUCCUUCCAGCAGCCAAAGGAUCAGCUGGCGGCCCGCGAGAUCUUCCAAUCGCUGUUCAAGGAGUUCGGCAGCAUUCUGGGAUGCUGCCUGGAGUACGUCAACAUCGAGCACAUAACCAAAUGCCCAGUGCAGCAGGAGCAGCGUCCGCUAUAUGUACCCACUGGCCUAGAUAAUGUAGUGGAUGAUCUCAUUCAGAAAAUGGACAAAGCGCAGCUGCAGACCGGGAAGCCUGUAGGCCAGAUUCAGUGGACACCAGCGCCGAUGAAAAGUGUGGGUUGCCUGGAUGGCAGCCUUUACAACGCAGAUCACAUAAUAUGUACCCUGCCGCUGGGCGUGCUCAAAAGCUUUGCGGGCGUUCUGUUUCGACCCUCGCUGCCGCUGGACAAGAUGAUGGCUAUACGCAACCUCGGCUUUGGCAAUCCCCUGAAGAUAUAUCUCUCCUACAAGAAGCCCAUUGGGCGCUGGCUAAAGGGAAGCCUGCGGCCGCUGGGAACUCUCCUAAAUCACUCAGUGGAGCAGCAAACCGAACGCAACUGGACGCAACAGGUCGUGCAGAUCAGCCAGGUGCCCAGCAGUCAGCAUGUGCUGGAGGUGCAUGUGGGUGGCGGCUACUACGAGGAGAUCGAGAAGCUGCCCGACGAAGAGUUGUUAGAGCAGAUAACCGGCCUGCUGAGGCGCUGCGUAUGCAAUCACCUGGUGCCGUACCCACAGGAACUGCUGCGCUCCAACUGGAGCACCUCAGCGUGCUACCUUGGCGGACGUCCCUACUUCUCCACCAGCAGCAGUGCCCGAGAUGUCCAGCGACUGGCCGCUCCGCUGGGCGAGAAGUCGCCGGGCCUUCUCUUUGCUGGGGAUGCAACCUCGCUCAAAGGUUUUGGAACUAUUGAUGCCGCCAGGUCCAGUGGCAUCCGAGAAGCCCAACGCAUUAUUGACUUCUACUUUAGAAGCCUGCACAGCGGUUAACUGCAAUAGGAAUUCCGAACUGGCUACUAAAUUGUAAAGUAUAUCCCACGGAAGCUCACUAGUCAAAAUUUAUGGUUAAAAUUUGUUUGUAUUGUUAAGCAGAAUACAUUUGUUUUAAUUAGGCGUAUAACAUUAACAAUAAACUCAAUAACAACAUCAA